AUGGGUCUGGUCGACGCCAAGAACAGGGUGCCUCAGCAUCAGCGAUUCUACCAGCAGGCAUAUAAGGCUCAUACCCGUCUUUGGUUGAUUGGCACUCGUAGCCGUUGGUAUAUGACCCCCUACCUUAUUGUCCUUUGGGGAGGAUUCGGAGCCACUCUGUACGCUGCUGGACGCAAGGUUACGGGCCACAACACCUGGUUCGGCAAAGAUUAA